AUGGCAGCCGACGCCUCUACAUCCACCUCGAGCGCAACUGCCGACCCGGCGCGCCCGGCGACCGUCAUCCUCUGGUCGCACCCGCGGUCGUGCUCGACCAUGUUCGAGAUGAUGUUCCUCGGCAAGGGCGACUUCAACGUCCUGCACGAGCCCAUGGGCGAGUCGUGGUACUACUCGAAGGAGCGCGUCCACCAGCGGUUCAGCCAGGAGACGUGCGAGAAGAGCGAGCACUGGAACUACACCUACGACAAGGCCUGGAAGGACGUCUCGACGCCGCACCCGACCAAACGGACCUUCUCCAAGGACAUGGCGUCCUACAUCAUCAACACGUCCCUUCCUCUCGGCACCGUCGCCCCGUCGUACGAGGGCACGCCGACGACGCCGACCAACCCGACGCUCAUCCCGACGAGCGAGCUCCUCCAGCCGCACAUCGUCCACACGUUCCUCAUCCGGCAUCCUCGCCGCGCCGUCCCCUCGUACGCCCGCCUGUGCUACCCGGGCGCCAAGACCGGCUUCGACUACUUCGACCCGUCCGAGAUGGGCUACGCCGAGAGCCGGCGCCUGUUCGACUUUAUCCGCGAGGCGACGGGCCAGGCGCCGCACAUCGUCCAGGCUGAGACGCUCCUGCAGGAGCCCAAGAAGGUCGUGAGCGAGUACUGCAAGGCCGUCGGCGUCGACUUCAACGAGGACAUGCUCGAGUGGAACAGCGCGACGAGGGACCACUUCGCCAAGUGGAAGGGCUGGCACGAGGACGCCGAGCAGAGCACGGGCGUCGGCCGUCGCUCGCCGUCUGUCGACAGCAACUCGGACAAGGCGGCGCCUGCGGCGCACAAGCCCAAGGAGGACAAGCCGCUGUCGGACGAGCUCCUCAAGACGAUCGAGGCCAACCUCGAGGACUACGAGUACCUGCGCUCGUUCGCGAGCAAGGCCUAGCGCGGCGCUCGUCGGCGGCAAGCUCGUCGAGGAGCGAGGGAGGCGGUUGUUUAAAAGGGAGGGCGGCGAGGACGCGGCCCAGUGUUGUACUCUCUAGUCCAAUGCGCAUAACUCUCAUGACCUUUC